AUGGGACGUGGACGUGGUGUUAGCAAUGGUGGUGGACAGAGUUCUUUGGGUUACCUAUUUGGAAGUGGAGAGACCACUAGCAAUGCCCAACCUGCUCAGAAGAGUCAGAACGAAGGGCCAGAAGUAAACAAUGUUCCUUCUCAGAAGACUACUGCUGCUGCUUCUCAACCAAUUGAUAAGCCUAUUCCAGCAGGUGUUCCAGGGCAUCUUACAAACAAUUACUUCCGGGCAGAUGGGCAGAAUUGUGGCAACUUUAUCACGGAUCGACCAUCUACCAAAGUUCACGCUGCCCCUGGUGGUGGAUCUUCCCUUGGUUAUCUCUUUGGUGGCGGUGAGAACUGAUUUCUUUGAUCUUCAAGGAUGCACCAACCGUGCACUAUUUAGCAGUGACCUCACUAUUAUGAAAAUUUGUGUCUAUCUCUAAAGUUUGCUUUGUCCUUGUGCUGUGUAAUGUGUUGCCUUGAUGGAAUUCAUGUGGCCAGACAUAUGUAGUCUUGGAUUUCAUUAUCAAAAGCUUGUCCUUGUUCAGUAUUUAGUCUGUUUAUCAAAUGUGUCAACUAAAACAUUUGUCUACAUUGUAAUCAUUUUUCUUCCAAAUGACAAUUGAUCAUCAUGCAAAAGAGACAGUAAAUCUUGCCACUCA